UAGACGCCUGUUCUGGCAGAUCAAUAGCGUUAGUUUGUUCUUCCGCAUUUAUUAUCUUAGUGCACAAGAGAGUAGCGUAUUGCGAAGUUACUGCGAAUUUUUGUUUUUGCGAAAAGUGGUACAUUACGUUCUUCAGACGUGUACAGUGGCAGCCAUGGAUGACAUGAAUACUAACUGGAUAAAACAAGAGAUAACAGAUGAGGUACCUUCUGAGCCGGACCCUAUGGUUCUUGAAGAUCCAGAGGGGAACUCCUGCCCCACGGACUUUAUCAAAGAGGAUCCUGAACUGCAUGUGGAUGAAACUGAGAAUACUGUUCUUGAAGAUCCAGAGGGGAACUCCUGCCCCACGGACUUUAUCAAAGAGGAUCCUGAACUGCAUGUGGAUGAAACUGAGAAUACUGUGUUAGCCUCAAUGAGAUGUGCUUCUGAUAGUGUAAGGUUGGUUCAUAGUAUGGGUGAGAGCUGUGGCAUUUCAUUCGAAGAAACUGUUCAUGAAGGAGUAAUCCAUGACAAGCUGGAGAGAGGUGCAGAGGACACAGUACCUGUCUACAUAUGUGGUACCCAUACACAAGGAUUGACUUUGCAAGAGGAUAGCUCAUUCAGCACCAGACACAAUUGUAGUUUGAGUGAAAUGGAAUUGCAUGAAUUUAGUUGCAGUUUCUGCUUACAGAUAUUUCCUUCAAAAUACAGGCUUAUAAUGCAUAUCUUCACGCACAUUGAUGGUGUACAGCCACCUAUAUUUGUUUGUAGGUCAUGUGGGGAGGUAUUUUCCAGUAAAUCUAGCUUGAACAAACAUUUAAAAGGGAGUGGAGGAGAUGAAGCCUUAUCUGCUGGCAAUAGAGAGAUAGUUGACAGCUGUGAUGAGCAUGAAAACAUUAUCUUGGAAGAUGAUAAAGCAGUUUCUGUAACAGAACAAGCUGAGAAGCAGUUUUCACACAGUGAAACUUUGAAAACUUCAAAGAAUUCCAUGAAAGACAUAUGUGACACACUCAGUAUAACACAUGAUGCAGAGAGACAAGACAAAAGUGAUAGUUAUGGAACUUUAUGUACAGCAGAUAAUGCCAGUACUGAUGCUGCUGUAGUUACUGUAAAGAGACCCCACGAAUGUGAUAUCUGUGGCAAAUCUUUCUUUGAAUUGCGUUAUUUGAAGAUACAUUCGCUGAUUCACACUGGAGAGAGACAGUACAGAUGUGAUAUUUGUGGCAAAUCUUUUAUUCAGUCGGGUCAUCUCAGCAGUCAUACAUUAAUACAUUCUGGAAAGAAACCACACAAAUGUGACAUUUGUGACAAAUCUUUUAUUGAGUUGCGCUAUCUCAAGAGGCAUUCUUUGGUUCACACUGGCAAGAAACUAAACAAAUGUGAUAUUUGUGGCAAAUCUUUUACACACUUGCGUAAUCUCAAGAGGCAUGAAUUACUACACGCUGGAUAUAGGCCUCAUAAAUGUGAUAUUUGUGGCAAAUGUUUUGCUCAGUUGGAAACUCUCAAGAGCCACAUAUUAAUGCACUCUGGAGAGAGACCCCACAAAUGUGACAUUUGUGGUAAAACUUAUACUGAGGUGCGUUGGCUCAAGAGGCACGCAACGAUCCACUCAGGAAAAAGACCACACAAAUGCAAAAUUUGUGGCAAGUCUUUUACUCAGUUGGGUCAUCUUAAGAGUCAUGUACUAAUACACACUGGCAAGAGACGUAAGGAAUAUGCUACCUAAGGCAAAGAAUUUGCCGUUGCUGGUGCCCUCAAGGUCCACAUGAUAAUACAUAUUGGAGGAAGACAUUGACACCUGUGAAAAUCCUUAACAUGUCAGGAUUCUGAAGAUAUAUGCCGUAAUAUGCAGUAGAAAGAAGUCACAGAGAAUGUGACAGAUCCAUUUGUUUAGCUAGACAUUUCACGAAGUUGCAGUACUAAAAAUGAGAAACCAAUCACCCUAUGUGGAUUCUGUGAUUGAUACUCCUAUGUCCCUGUUGCACUUCAGAAGUUCAUCAUUGUAGAGAAAUUGCUUACCUACAUUAGUAAUUGAACAUAUCAUGCAGUAUUCAUCACUCCACAUAGUUGAAGGAAAUGUAAUGGUUUGUCAGUUAUCAUUUUAAAGAUGGGAUCUCAAGACUCAUAUUAGGCAUAGAGCAGGAAAAAAUAAAUUCAUGGCAUAUGCUUCACUCAGGUUAGUAUUUGGAGAAAGAUCACAGUAAAUUGAUGAGUGUGGUAGUUGAUACUCGGGCAUACUUACACAACAGUAGUGCAGUGUAUGUAAU